GAUAAUUCCGCGGUCACACUGAAAUAAAAAGAAUUAACUAUAAUUUAAAAUACAUAAAAAUACAAGCGAAUAUGGAAGUUGUGAGCGAACUGGUGCAGUUUAUGCAGCCAAAUCAACGGCUGGACCUCAAGGCGGUGGCUCUGACACACGUGCUGGGUCUCACCGGCAGCGCCGAGGGCAAAGCGGCCAUACUCGGCCUGGAUGACUUGCUGAUGGCCAUCUUUGGGCUGACAUACGACGAGAACCACACGGUGGCCAAGGAUGCAGUGCUCAGCCUUAUAAAUCUCACGGCAGAGGAGGAGUGCGCCAUCAAAGUGUUUCAGUUGGCCAAAAGAAUCGAGCCGCCCUUUGCCAUUGUGGAGGUGGCUGCCAAACACAUUGGCGACGAUCAGUCACCGCUGGCCGAUCCCUGGAGCAUGGUGCUCAGCAAUCUGACUCGCGUCGAGAGCCUGGUGCACGAGAUACUCGACAUACUGGAGCGUGGCGAGCAGACGCUGCCGCGACUGGCCCAAGCCUUUGCCCAGUUGGACUUCAACAAGAAAAAGGCGCAUCUCCACUACCUGGCGCCCAUCUUUUGCAACCUGACGCAGGUGCCGCGCGGCCGUGAACUGUGCUGCCAUGCGCGCUACCAGCUGCUGGAGAAGCUGCUGCCCUUUGCCUCGUACGAGGAGAAUGUGGUGCGUCGCGGCGGCACCAUUGGCAUACUGAAGAACGUUUGCUUCGAUGCGGUCUACCACAACGUGAUACUAGGCGAAGAUGACAACAUACUGGUGGCCAUACUGCAGCCACUGUGCGGCCCAGAGGAGUUUAGCGACGAGGAAAACGAUAUGCUGCCCAUUGAGCUGCAGUACCUGCCCGAAAGCAAGCGCCGUGAAACGGAUCCAGAUCUGCGCAAGAUGCUGCUGGAAUGCCUGCUCCAGCUGUGCUCCACGCGUCGCAGUCGUGAGAUACUGCGUGCCAAGGGCGCCUAUGAAAUUCUGCGCGAAUAUCACAAGUGGGAGGCGCGCGUGGGCCUCGAUCGUGACUGUCUGCUGGCCUGCGAGAAUGUUGUGGAUAUUUUGAUCAAAAAAGAGGAUGAAAUCGGUUUGGAUAACUACAAAAGCGUUGAGGUGCCCGCGGAGCAGGCCGAGAAAUUUGUGCAGGAAGACGCGGACUAUGUUAAGAGUCUUUUAGAUUAAAGAACACCUAAAUGUUGGACUGUAAAUACGCGUAGUGUUAGUUAAACUAUUGAAUUUUCAAUAUAAUGUAUGCAAUUGUUUUUUUUAUUCAGAAA